GCAUGGCGAAAGCGACCGUACCCAACUAUUUGUUACUAACGUACUUACUUAUUCAUCUGCUGUUACCGUCAUAUUUGUCCGAAACAAUAACGUUAUACAAGCCAGAAGAUAUUUUAGAUGCUGCCCGUUCACAAUGUCUAGUACUUUUUCCACAUGAAAAUUUAACAAAGUGGAAGAAAGAUAUUUUGCAGUUAUUGGCUGACGUGUCUUUCGGUAACGAAUCAUCUGUGCUAUUCGGUACAGUUAAUACAGACAAUUUCCUUUGGCCUAACGGACGUGAAUUAAAUUUAGAAGGAAGCAAGACUAUGGAAAACUAUUUUCUUAUUUUUAAACGCAUAGAGUUAGACAGGACUUGUCUACUUUUGCCAGAAACAAACAUUCCCAUUCCCUCUGUGGCUACCUAUAACUUAACAUCGUUUGUGUCACCAGAUGUUUUAGAUGACAUUGUUCAAUUUAUAAAUACUAACUGCCACACAUUUCGCAAUAAAGAAGGACAGUUAACUGUUGCUGGUAUUCACAGACAACAUAUAUUAGAAAACUUAUUUAAGGUCCCUAAGACUAAAGAGAACAAAAAUUUAGAUCAUAAGCAAGAAGAUGAAUCUUGUAUGAUUGGUGAAAAUGAUUAUGCAAAAAAAUGUGAAAAUAGGGAUGAACAUAUCACAAAUGCAAAAACUCAAAAUAAGUAUGUUGACACCAAAAGUGAACUUCAGAAGUGUGAUAGAAUACAGUUGAGUGAGUUGUCCUCGCCAUUGCAGUUUUUUCAAGAAUUUGUUUCCUUAUCCAAGCCUGUCAUUAUCACAGGAGCAAUCAAACAAUGGCCAGCAUUUACCAAAUGGACACGUGCAUUUUUACAUGAUCGAUAUGGAGAUAUAAAAAUCCACAUCAAAAUGACAUCAGAUGGAAUUUAUGAAGGAGUUGAGCCCAAAUCCAUCUGGAGGGACGAAAGUGAAAAAGAAAUUCCUAAGGCUGUGCUUGAAAAACUUCUGUACCCUGAUCUUGUUGUUGUCCGACCAGCGAGCAGGGAAAUUCUUUUCUCAGAUUUUUUGGACCUUGUCGAAAAUAUAUCUCAAGGCAAAGUGAAAGAUAUCUCUGCCUAUUUAGAAUACUCCAGCAUUGCAGACUACUUUCCAGAGCUUCAAGAGGAUAUUACAGAAAUGGAGUUUUUUAGAAACAUCCUAGAGCUGAAACAUCUCAACCUUUGGUUAAGUGAUGGCAAUACACUUGGGAAGCUACACUUUGAUCCUUUUGACAAUUUUUUAUGUCAGAUCAGUGGAGUGAAAGAGUUGUUGCUUUAUGAGCCCCACGACAACAGCAAACUGUAUGAAGCACACAUACAAGAAGCUGUAUUGUCCUACAAUCAGUCCUCUCAUACAUUUCACAGGAAGACUUUAUUGGAAAGUACGUCUAUGGUCAUGUCUCCUGUGGAUAUCAGCGACCCAGACCUUAAGAGGUUCCCCAAAUUUGCUGACCUUCAACCUUUGAACUGUACAAUUCAAGCUGGAGAGGUUUUAUACAUGCCUGCAUUCUGGUGGCAUGAAGUACAAUCCAAGCCUAAUGUCUCAGAACAUAGAAACAUGGCUGUCAACUUUUGGUAUGAACCUUUUCUGACAAGAGAGUUUCCGUGUCCUGAAUGUUCCCUGGACGUAAACCCUAAAUACUUUCACUUGUUAUAGUUAACAGAUAUUUUGAUUGUUGAAUGGAAAAGUGUGUGUUUUGCAUAUUUUUAUUUAAAGUGUUCUUUCUGCAUUAGAAAUGUGGAUUUUUCUUUAUUGGUUACUCUUCUUUAAGGUGUUGGUGGCUAAGGUUGAUAUAUAAAGAACAGUGUUAUAUUUAUUGUUACCAUUAACUGGAUGGUGUAUAUUUGUACACAGCUGUUCUUUUCUAUUAAAUCUGAUGUUAUAUUCUAUUAAGCAGAAGUUUCUUGUAAAGAAAGUAAAGAGUUCCUCUAAAUAAAAAAACAACACUUUAAUUCUCCAAGAAGAAACCAUGAAAAUACAAUAUUAAUUUCAAUAAUCAAUUCACUAAAUUAGAUUUAACAUGAAGCAUGAAACUUAUUGAUUGAUAAAAUCCUACUUAUUGUCUUCCCUUGUGUGUAUAUAUAUAUAUAUACCCACUCUAGAAUUAUCUUCUCCAACAGAUAGGAAAAAACAGAUUCUUCAACUGGAAAGACCAAUGCAUAAUGUCCAAAGCUAUUUUUAGUUCUAUUGGAUACACCGCAGUUUUUAUUGUAACAUAAAUACAUUGUUUUAUGUGCAGUAUAUUCUUGAACUGACAGGAAUCAAAAUUAUUCACUUAAUUGAUCAGUGUAACUUUUGUAAUUUUAUAAGCAUUCAAUUUUUUAUUUUAGUCCCAAUUUGUAUCUAAUGAUGGACAUUUUAAAAUUCUCCCAGAUUGCCAAUUUUUUUUUUUUUUAAAUUCAGAUAAUGCUUUUACAAAGUUUAUGUGAAUACCCACAAACUUACUGACAGACUCAUCACUAUUUCUCCUUUGAUGGCUGCAUGGCAACAUACUUUGGGUUGUCAUGAAGAUAGUCACACAUUCUCCUAAAAGUUUUAUUUCUGCUCAUGGUUUCCAUUAUGGCUUCCUCUGAUGACUUAGUCCAGCUGGUGUUUCAUGCCAUGAAAGGGGAAAGAAAAAGGAGGGGGUAAGAGGAAGUAGCUCUUAAAGGGGGCAAUAACUCAUGCAUUCAGAGUUUGUCUCAUAUGCUCAAGUACUUUUCCUUGAUUUCAUACCCUAAUUUAAAGACAAUCAUGAUGAGGUAUUAAUCCAUCCAGUACAACAGCCAAAUACAGUUCCUACUAAUUCAAUCCUAUUACGGCCAAAAAAAGUUACUUAUACAUCUUCAAUAUCCUUUACUGACUGUAUCUUAGCAGAUGUAAAUGUAUUCCCCCUUAAAGACUUACAUUUGAAUAUUUGUCCACAAAACUUUGUGAAUUAGAAAAAAAUGUAUAUGAUUGGAUUUCUAAUAUUCAAUCUGUCAUUCUACUGUGUAACUUUUAUGAAAAUGUGAAUUUUGUGAAAUCUAUAAUUCACCAAGUACCGUGUACUGGUAUUAUGUUAAAGAAAGUUGCUGUUUGUGAUCAGAAUUUUUAUUUUUUUUAUGUAAUUCUGUUACAACCAUUGUUUUAAAAAAUCCAUCAGUAUCAGUUCAGUAAUGAAUAAAAUGAUAGAUUUGCUACAAAACUAUUCGUAUAAAUAAAUUAAUUAAUUAUAGCUUUUAUAUAGCACUUCUUUCAUGCUCAUAGCAUGCCCAGAGCGCUAUUGUCCAAUCUCAUUUGUGGACCAGUGGGGGGAGGGGGCAUCUGGGAGAAGGUUUUUCCGUGCUGCCUUUGGGCACUCAGUAAACACAACUCUGCCCACAUCGGUGACGAACCUCGAGCCCGCUUUAUAGGUAGCCAAGCCAAGUUCAAGCGUACUUAGCCUCUCGACCACGCAUCCCAUGCAUAUAAAUGAUUCUAAUUAAAAUAAGAGCAUGAAGAGAAAAGCAUAGAGUUUGAAUGAAAAGAUUGAAGUCAAUCCACAAUAUACUGCUGCAAUGUUAAAGAUGGAUAAAUAUUAGUGUCAUCAAUAUGAAAUAAAAUCACUCUUGUUUUUUUUAAACUUCAUUGAACCUUGACCUUAUUUGUCCAUGUGCACAAUGGUCUUACUCAUUUGUUUUUCAAUACAUAUCACUGUUUUUAUCACCUGUUUUAGCUUUCAUAAUAUUGAAUACUUGCUUGCCAUCUAUAUUUUGUUGUCUGAUUCUUCCAUUGUGAUGUGUGGCUGAGUGGUGUGAAGCACUUGGUUACCUAACAAGGGGUCUCAAGUUUGAAUUCUGACUGAAGCUAAAUUGUGUAUGCUGAGUGCAGCAGGGAAACCUUGACCCAGAUACCACCUUUCCCCAUAGGUCACAACAGAGAUUGACCAAGAGGACACUAAGUGUGCUUAUACCAUGAAAGAUGAACUAUACUAUAGUAUUUUAAAGAAAAGAACAUUUCUAUCAUUGUGAUCACCUUUCUUAUGGCCUGCUAAUUUCAGUUCUAAAAAUAUAUCCUUAAAGAUUUUUUUCCCCUGUGUUGCACUUGCAAGAAUUAUUUUGUCACUCUUUGGUUAGCAAUGUCAGCAACCACAGCUGGAGCUUUGAGUGGUUAAAAUGUUAUUACUGAUUUUCCUUUUCUAUUAUUAUACUCAGAUAAUCUCGUACAGUCUCAACAAUAGUCCAAUUUAUUGGACUGGAAAUCUACACUUGUUCUAACACACACUUGAGCUGAGCAAUAACUGCUGUCUCCACCAUGAAAAGUUAUGCCGUUUCAACAAUCCUAUCAAACAGAAAUCCUAAAUAAGUUCACCAUUAUGUUCUACAAUGUGCAUUGAAAGCAUGUUUCACCUACAUGACUAAAUUGUGUGCCAUAUAAUAAAUGCUUAUUAUGUUAUUACUAUAACAUAUUAUUUUUUGUUCUAAAUAUUUGUUUGCAUUUUCUUGCAUUCCAUUUUCUGCUGUUAUUAAUAAAAUCAAUGAAUUUUGA